UGGCCUCAGUCGAUGCUGCACAACAGUCAGAGGCAUUGUAAUUUUUUAAAAAUUAAAUUAAUAAAUAAUGAAUACUCCUCAUAUAUCGACUCAUGUAUUGGACACAAGUAGAGGAGUUCCUGUAGCGAAUUUGCCAGUGAGUCUUUAUAAAAUUACAAACACCUGGACUUUGAUUAGCGGAAGUAAAACAACAUCUGAUGGCCGAUGCUCUAAUUUAUUAGAAUUAGCUGGACAAUCAUUAACAAUAGGACGUUAUAAACUUAAAUUUAAUGUAGAAAAUUAUUUUAUCGCAACUGAAAGAUCUUCACUGUAUCCAAUCAUUGAAGUUAUAUUUGAUAUUAAAAAUGAUGAUAGAAAUUAUCAUUUGCCACUUUUGUUGAAUCCAUUUGGAUACAGUACGUACCGAGGAACUUGAUCGGCUUAUAAAUUAUUUAUUUAACAAGUAGAAAGAAAAACUAAUAAAGAAUCAGUUGAACUACUAAAGCUGUAUUAAAUCUACUUUUGAUAUUUCUAAUGC